GAGAUUCAAGCCUUUCAAGGCACUGCACUCCCUACUCCACAAGACCACAAGUCCUUUAUUGACAUUUCGAUAUUGACAUUUCUUCCUUCUCUUAAAAAGUAAAACGUUUCACUGAAAUUGCAACGCCUUUACGCAUUAAAAAGAAAGACUUUUUAGUGGAAUUACAACGCCAGCAAAUUUUUCUCAGUCUAUAUUUGUUGUUGAUUAGUAAUUUAUUGCUACACUCUCCUGAAUCCAUAGCAGUUGAGCAAGGCUUUCGUUGAGAUCGACCGUUUCAGCUCUUGGGUAUAGCAGUGCACAAGUGGCUUUUGUGUGGUAAUUUCGUGAACCUUCUCCUAUUCUGGUUGGCUUUAAGAAUUUUAUUAGUAUACCGGUCUUUUCUUCAAUACACAGAGGCAGAGGGUUUUCUGGGGAAGGGAUUUCAGUUGUUUAUGGGGGGGUUUGGAUCAGCACAUUGCUGUCAAAUGCUAACGCUCUUUGACGAUUGAAGGUUCCAUAGGGUUGUUGAAACGUUUUAUCAUAACAAAUGGUUGAAGCUUGGUCUUGCCGUAUUGAUUCAGCUCUUGAUUUUGGUUAUCUGGAUGCUGCUCUGAGAAACUGGUUAUUUAUCAGAGAUAUCUGAUGCUUUGAGCUUUCUUAUUCUUAAGAGCUUGAAAGAAGAGAGUUUUAGUUUAUCAUUUUCAAUUUCCUUUGGAUUUGGCGGUUGCUCUAAGGCUCUUUUUUGCUUUCUUUGAUUCUCUCUCUCUCUCUAGUAUAACAGGGGGGAAUCAAAUUAGUUGUCAUUGUAAAGGAAAAAGGAAAGUGUGUUGUUAUGCUGCUGAAAAUUGAAUGACUGAAUUGUGGCAGCUGCUGCUGGUACAGACAUAUAGCAUUGGGAGGGAUUUAUUAAGAGGUAAAGAUGUUCGUAGGGAGAGGGAACUAACUCAUGAAAAUACUAUUAUGACGGACACGCCAUCUUCAAAUGGUUUGUCUGGAAAUCUUAGAAUGUUGGAUAGUUCUGGUAGUUGUAAUACAUCACCAACUACUUCAAAUCACACAAUUGGGCCCAUGAAUGAGAUAAGCCAUCAUGUAGACUUGGAAGGAGCCCAAGUAGGUGAUGAAUCCAAUGUGCCCGCAGAUGAUUAUUCUCAUCACCCUUAUACAUCAGAUGUGCGAUUUUCAUAUAGUCUCAGAAGAAACCGAAGCCUGAGAAGCAAACAAUCUAUUGAACAUAAAAUAAAGCCUCAAAACUCUCUCCAGAGCUGCUUACUGGCCCAGGCUUACAAGGAACGAGCGGAAAUGGAAGAAUACAUUUUUAGAAAAGAUUCUUCAUCGUUAAAUAUGUUGAGGCCAUUUUUGGUCAUGGACAGUAGCCAGACCAUCAGCAGAGCUAGUGGUGAUUUUUUCAGUACACCAAGUCAGACAGAUUUUCAUAGGCUGCAAAAAGAUGUCUUAUUGCAAGAGAAUGAUGCAGUGUUUGGAAUUCCUCAACUACCCAAUAUUGAAACCAUGAAAAAGACUAACGCUGAUAGAGGAAAGGACCACAGUGGAAGUUUUAGCAGAAAAGUGAAUGAGAAACACUGUCACUCAGAAGGGUCGUGUAAUGGAGCAUUUCUUGUCUGUCUUGGAAUAUCUGUUGGCAUAUUCUCUUCACUCUUGGCACAUAAGGAGGAGGUAGGUAAAUUGAAUGGGUUACUGAAACAGACUGAGAACUUGGUUCAAGAUCUACAAGAGGAACUUGAAAUGAGGGAUUCAUUAACUGUGAAAGAGCUUACCACCGAGGAUUUUGAGUCCCAAGAUACAUAUAACAGCUCUAGUAACAAGGAGUUAUUGCAUGGAUUCUCCUCUCAAAAGAAGUUGAAUAACUUAUCAAACCAAUGUUUUGAAGAAUAUCAUUGUCAGGACUCAGAGGGUGAAUCUAUGAGUAAAAUUGAAGCAGAGCUUGAAGCUGAACUGGAGAGAUUAGAAUUCAACAUUAACUCAUUUAAACUGGAUGAUGAAUAUUCUGACGUAGUUGAGCUUGACCCAGACUGUGUACCUGAUUUAGCUGAGGGAGAGUUGCGAACUGAUGUCGUCAGUAGGCAUUUUGUUCACCAACCGUAUGCAGAUCAGGAUGGAAGUGGCGACUCCACCCCUCAUUCUGCCAACUAUGCUGUUUCGCCCAGGGAACUAAGCUUGCGGCUCCACCAGGCCAUCCAGUUACAAUUAGAAGAACGUGUCAGUGAGCUUGAAAUUGCACUUGAGCGUAGCCAGAUGAAAGUGUGUCGCAUGGAAGCACAACUUAGUAAUAAUUGGAGAGCAUUGUCUAGUAGUGAGGUGGAGACGUCUCCUUCAACCAAAGGCAGUCCGGUCGCUAAAGAUGACCCUACAUAUAUCGAUUUAGCAGGGGAUGCUCUUGAUGAAUACAGUGAGGCUUUUGAAGGUACCUCGAAGACAAAUGAAUCUGAAACUGAUGGGAUAUCUUUUGGGAUUCGGAGUCUCGGCCCUCAUGAAAACAUGCAGCGACAAGAUGAUAGCAGAGAUUGGAUUCGAAAAUGCACACUUGGUGAUGAGAACGGUGAUGUUAAUGAUGAGAUGGAAAAGCUGCUCAUUAGGCACAUUGUGCAGAAAACCAUGAAGGGCUCUCCAGCCGUUUUGAAUGCUCAGAGAGCAUUUUUUUACGGCGAUGAUUUUGAACAUUGAUACUUGAUAGAGAGAACAAAGUUUUUUUUUUCCAGUUUUUUGUUAGAAAGACUUUUUUUUUUUAAAUUUCAUUCUUUGAAAAAUGGAAGACCAAAAAAAUAUGCUCAACAGUUUCUUUCACAUUUGAAAAAAUGAAGAGCCAUUGGAUUGGUUAUUAUUUCGGCCCCAA